AUGGCCAGAGUUUAUAUUACCGACGAAGACCUGACAAGCAUUAAAGAUAAAGUCAUCUUGAUCACAGGUGGUUCCUCCGGUAUUGGCAGAGCAACAGUGCAACUAUGCCUUGACCUAGGCGCGAAGGUCGUGAUAGGAGACCUGAAACCCCCUACACCCGAAUUCGAAAGCAACGAGAAUCCAAAGUUCCUCGAAGUCAACGUCACAGAAUGGGAAAGUCUGCGCAGCAUGUUCACCUACGCGAUGGAGAAAUUCGGCCGCAUCGACCACGUCUUCGCCAAUGCAGGAAUUGGCCCAACACUUGAUUUCCUCGUUGCGAAACUUGAUGAAGCGGGCCAAGUCGAACCCCCAAAUCCCAGAACCAUCAACGUGAAUUUCCUUGCAGUACUUCACACGCUCCACCUCGCGAAUGCAUACAUGACCAAAUUGGCUCCUGAGAACGCUGGAAUCGGCAGUAUUGUACUCUGUUCAUCCUGCUCAGCGUUUGAGACCUUCAGUACUGGUGACUACACAAUCGCUAAGCAUGGAGUUUUGGGUAUGAUCCGGGGGUUCGUUGAACCUUUAAGAGGAAAAGUGCGACUCAAUGCCAUUGCGCCUUCGUGGACUGAUACUGGGCUCAUGCCUAGUGGUGUUUUUGGGGCUCUUGGAGUGACUAUUCAGCCCCCGGAGGCCGUUGCUCGAAGCGUGGUCUUACUUUUUGCUGAUGAGAAGCGUCAUGGGGAUGUUAUCUAUAGUUGGGAUGGGAAGUUCCGGGAGGUGAAUAAUUCGGAGGGUGGACUUUUGGAAUUUGCGAAUAAAUUGUUGGAUAAUACGGGUCAAGAAGAGAGUGCUGUGCAGACACUUCUCGCAAUGGGGAAGGCUCCGGCUUAA